AUGAGGAUGGAUAAGAGGUCUCGGGGCAAUUCCAGGGAGUCUCACAGGAGACGCAGAGAAUCCCCAGCUACACAGAGCAAACGAGAGAAGAGAGAGAGCAGCAGAGAAGCUGGCAAAGGAAGGGGAGACAUAAAGCAAGAGAAACUGAAGGAGAUCAAGAGCACCACAGGAACAGAUGCUAGGGUGCACACGUCCACAGUGGUGGAUGUGGAUGAUGUGGUGUCUGAUGAAGAAAUGGAGGCAAUGGCAUUGCUGGACAGCGAGCAGCAAGAAGAAGGUGUAAAGUCUCCAGGUAUGGGCAUCUGUGAGUGGCUUCUGACCAUCUUGUCUUUCCUGUUCAUCAUAAUGACCUUCCCCAUUUCUGUCUGGUUCUGCAUGAAGGUAGUGCGGGAGUAUGAGAGAGCCAUCGUCUUCCGCCUUGGACAUCUCCUUCCUGGAAGGGCCAAAGGGCCUGGCCUUUUCUUUUUCCUUCCCUGUCUGGACACAUAUCACAAGAUAGACCUCCGCCUCAAAACACUAGAGAUCCCCUUCCAUCAGGUGGUGACCAAGGACAUGGUCACCUUGGAGAUAGAUGCUGUCUGCUACUACCGGCUGGAAAAUGCCUCUCUUCUCCUUACCACCCUGACCAGCAUUUCCAGUGCCAUCCAGCUGCUGGUGCAAACCACCACAAAGCGCCUCCUGGCACAUCGAGUCUUCUCUGAACUUCUCCUAGAGAGGAAGAGCAUCAGCCAGGAGAUAAAGGUGGCUUUGGAUGCAGUCACAGGCUGCUGGGGGAUCAAAGUGGAGAGAACAGAAAUCAACAAUGUACAACUGCCUGCUGAAAUUCGCCAGUCCCUGGCUGUGGAAGCGGAGGCCCAAAGACAGGCCAAAGUGCGGGUGAUCGCUGCUGAGGGGGAAAAGGCUGCUUCGGAGUCCCUGCGGAUGGCAGCUGAGAUUCUGUCCAGUGCCCCUGCUGCUGCUCAGCUCCGUUACCUCCAUGCACUGCACUCCCUUACUGCAGAGAAACCUACUGCUUUCAUCUUGCCCUUGCCUUUGGAGGCCAUGAAUCUGGUCUCUCCAGCUACCCAGAGUCCUCCGACAGCAAGCAGCCUCCUCGCAGACACCACAAAGCUUGCAGAAACCCCAAAAGAUAAGGACUCACCCAUGCUCUAA